GUAGUUUUAUGCUGCGUGGCUGCGACAAAAAUCACAAUCGAAGUCACUGUGUUUGAAAAAUGAAACAUUUUCCGGCGAUCAUUGGGUUGUGGUCGCUCCUUUGAUCAUCCGGAAGUUGUUGUAAUACGUCUGAAGGUUAUGGUGCGUUCAUAAAUCGGAAACAAGAACAACUCGUGCACGACGUCACUCAUCGUGCAAUAAAUGCAAUCGCAACCACAUCAUCGCUUUUUGACGGAAUACGAUUUUGUCUCUUCUUCAAGGCGCGCGCUUGCUACCUAAACCGUUCCAAUACCGUUAAAUAAACGGCCGUAGAUCAUCUUACUCAUAACGAGAUCAUGUCGUCUUCUCCACGUACUAGGGAUGCGCCACGCGGCACGGCGGUCUCUGACACCUCCGACUGUGAUCAGUCCGAGGACGAGCGUGCCUACCAGCGACGCCUGCGGAUGGAGGAGAAAAGGAGGAAUUUGCACUUGAAGGGAGGCGGGCGUUUUCACGAGGAUUGGCUGAAACUGUCCCCGGAAGAGCAGCGGCACGGUUGUUCGGACAUGGUCCGGCAAGAGCGGGAAGCAGAAGCACGACAAAAGAGACAGGAAGAGGAGCAAAGGCGACUCAACCGAAUAAAAACGCGAUGCACAGUGACGAUUUGUUCGGGGAGGAACCGGAGACAGGUAUGGAUUUUGCAAAAGUAUCGUACUAGCUUUAGUGUAAUUGCAUUACAAAUUUCCUCAGCAUGAAAAAUGGAAUUUGCAAUGCGGAUUUACCUAAUACGAAAAACAUUUGUCAUGCAUGACUGCAAUCACUAAAAAAACGAGCGCGAUACUUUUGCAAUCCAUAGCAGGGACGGUUGGACGAGGUCGAGGAGUACGACGUUUUGCUGAAGCUGAACCGUUAUGCAUUGCAAAAGUUGUACUAUCGCAGUCAUGCAUUACAGAAUUCUUUCUCAAUGUAAAUCCGCAUUACAAAUUCUAUUUCUCAUGCUGGAAAUAAAGUUUGUCAUGCGGUUUCUACUUGUACGAAAACGAAUACGAUAACGAUACUGUUGCAACGUAUACCCUCCCAGACUGGCGGAAGAGAUGUCUGAAACAAUUCGGCUUGCUGGAGCACGGUCGAUAUCCUGUGCAAAAGUAUCGCACUCGUAGUAAUUGCAGUCAUGCGUCACAAAUCUCCCUUUUUAGGUGGAUCAGCAUUACAAAUUUCCUUUUUCCUUCUGGAAAAAUUUGCAAUGCAAUUUAUACUAGUACGAUACUUUUGCAAUGCAUAGGCGACCCACGCUGGUGCGGGUUGUGCGGGUGAUGGACGAGGGAAUGGAAAGAAGAAGAAGAAGAAGAAGAAACAACAAUGGGGGAGCACAAAAUGAUAACCUCCAGGGCGUUGCUGUUGCUCCUGCUGCUGCACAUCAGCAACAGGUACAACAAAAUGCGGAUCAUGCAAACGACGACCAACAGAACAAUGGCGACAACCGUUCCGAAAACGACACCGACGGCGAACUGUCUGCGGAAGACGAGGAAAAAAUGUCCUCCGAAGAGGAAUCCGACGACGAGGAUGUGUUGCAGGCCCGCUACUGCUCGGAGGUCAUUUUCAAGGACUUGCACUGCCGCCCGUGCUUGCAAAAGUGGUUGGACGAAGGCGUGAUUUUCCCGAGCCAGGUGUUCCGCUCAAAAGAGGGAAUGCUGGACCAUGUGGUAUUUGAUUUUUUUGUUGUGUUUUUGCAUGACAAAAAGAUACCCCGUGGCUGUGGCUAUUGUGCAUGACGAAAAGAAAAAUAGCUUGAUGCUCGAUUGGACCGAUAAGCAGACUUGUGUCUGGGAUUUGAUUUCUACAACACAAAAACAGCCCCACACCUCAUCGUCCACCGCCUCUACAAGCACACGUUCUUCCGGUAGUACCUUCAACACGGACAACUUUUCGAUGGGGAAUGGCAAUGGAAACAACUUCGCCGAUGCUCUGCAAGUAGAUAAUUUUCAGAUAUUCGUGAUGCAACAUUCUACAACAGAUAGGAUGCGUUUGUCAUUAACAUGCACGACCUUUGUAGAAGACGAGGUAAGGGCAAAUUAGAUUUUUGUUUUUCCAAAAAUUCUCCACACAACUACAUCACCGAAUACUUACAUUAUCAGGCUCUCGCUGCGGAGGGCUCGUCUGGUUUUGACGAGAGGCAACAGGUGGAGGAGAAUGUCGAUGUACGGGGCGAGCAGUACUACGAGGAACUGUAUGCAUUGCAAAUAUGUGUCUGGGUCUGGAAAGUUAAGUUGUGAUGCUAUUAAUGUCCGAAUGACACACGGCAACCUGUAAUAUCAGGGGGCCGCGCAUGACAAGUUUCGGAGCGGCUAUGUCUAGCGUGAACCGCAUGACAAAUGACGACAAAUGGCCUUUUUGCAUGACAAACAACAACAAGUGGCACCACUUCUGUAGCGCAUCAAGCAUGGCAGAUCUUUCUGUCUUGUCGGCCAAGCAUGAGAGACUCGCAUUCUUACAGACAUCGUCCAGGGAUAUUUGCAGUGGAUAAGCUGGGUGAGCAUGUCGAUGCCGACGACGAAUACGAGGAGGAUGGGGAGGUACGGAAAGUUUGUCAUCCAAUGCUCACAAAAGGCACCGAUUUUGUCAUUCAUGCAUGAUGCCGAACACAUACUCAUGCAUCUGAAGCGAAACAGGGAAAUAUGAAUGAUAAAAUCUCUCAUGCAGGUUCUGGAGGAGGAUGUCGAGAUGGAGUACGAAUAUGAGGAGUCGGUAUCCACUUUGCACGAGUAUCGUACUAGUAGAAAUCGCAUCACAAAUUUGCUCAGCUUUACAGAUUAAAUUUGUCGUGCAUAUUUGCCUUGGUAUUACGAGAAGGAGAAUUGUCAUGCGUGGUUGAUGCAAUUACUUUUACUACGAGUGCGAUACUUUUGCAGUGGAUAGUCGGAAAACUAUGACGAUGAGGCGGAGGAGCUUUUAAACAUGGAAGAGGACGAAGAGGAAGACUUUGCUAUGGAAAUGUAAUUGUAAAGCUAGACUGCGUGCUAGGAUAUAGCGAUGGCCAUGGCGGAUCGUCGAUUCAUUUCUCUCCCUGAAAAAUCGUAAUUGCGAAAAUGCAAACAAAAAUUUUGCCGCAAUCAAACAACAUCUUUAUUCAGCGACGAAGAUAUAC